GCUGAGAUCUCAUCUCUCCCUUACUCUCACCGGAAAAAGAGAGCGGGAUCCAUUUCUUCUUCUUUUUCUUUUCUUUUUUCAACAUUUUCGUUUCGUGUACAGAUUCAAAAGGGAAAAUGAUGAACAAGAUGAUAGCAGUUUAAGGACUUGCUGAGAUCUGGAAGUUAUGAAUCAGAGAAUAUAAUCUGGGGAAUGAAAAUACAGAAUGGGGAGGAAAGGCAGCUGGUUGUCUUCAAUAAAAAAGGUUUUCAACCCAGAAUCAAAAGACAAGAAAGCAAGUAAGAAAAACAAGAAAUGGGUUGAGAAAGAACUUUCUCCAGUUCCAUUAUCCUCAAAUGUAGAAACUUCCAAAUCAUCAACACCACUUCCUCCAGGUGAAGGGUUAAAAUUAGCAGAAGUGGUGGAAGAGCAAACAAAACACCCUUACUCAGUUGCAGUUUCCACUUCUGAAGCUUUUUUUCCAGCUUCUCAUGCUGCUUCAGAAGUUGUUCAGUCUAGACAAGUUCAAAUUCCUGUCAAAUCCCAGGAAGAACGUGUUGCAAUCAAGAUUCAGACUGCUUUCCGAGGAUACCUGGCUAGGAGAGCUUUGAAGGCGUUAAGAGGGCUUGUGAGGCUAAAACUUCUAGUUGAUGGGCCAACGGUGAAACGACAAACUAUGAAUGCUUUGAAGUGUAUGCAGACAUUUUGUCGUGUACAGUCUCAGAUACACUCUAGAAGGAAUAGGAUGCUGGAGGAGAACAGAGCACUACAGAGACAACUUUUGCAGAAACAUGCUAAAGAACUUGAGAACAUGAGGAGAGGAGAAGGAUGGGAUUAUAGUAUGCAAUCAAAGGAGAAAAUUGAAGCAAGCUUGCUAAGCAAGUAUGAAGCUGCCAUGAGACGGGAAAGAGCAUUAGCUUAUUCAUAUUCUCAUCAGCAAACCUGGAAGAAGUCAUCAAGAUCUUCCAAUCUAUUAUUGUUUAUGGAUCCAACCAAUCCUCAGUGGGGCUGGAGCUGGUUGGAACGGUGGCUGGGUGGUCGGUCUUUAGAUACCCAAAGCGCUCCCGACGGGGGAGAAAUAAUUACCAAGUCAUUUGCACGUCAUCAGCUAAACAAUGAACCACCCUUAUCUUCACUAUCCAAGCUGCCCGUUUCUUCGGUGGCUGCCCGAAAACUGAAACUACAGAGCCCCAGAGUAAGUACAACAAGCCAAGAUGAUGAUGAUAUCAAAAGUACGCCGAGUAUGAAAUCAGAGAGGAAUCGGAGGCACAGCACGGCAGGGUCCACCAAAUCGGUUGGAGAUGACGAGAGUUUGGCGAGCUUCCAAUCCACGCCCAGCUACAUGACACCCACCAAAUCGGCAAAGGCUAAAACACGAAUGCAUAGCCCGUUAGGUUUGGAUAAUGGGACUCCAGAGAAGGGAUCAGCGGGUUUGAGUGUGAAAAAAAGGCUCUCUUACCCGCCUUCACCAGCCAAGCCAAGGCGGCAUUCUGGCCCGCCAAGGGUGGAGAACAUCAAUGUGGAGGUCAGCUAAUCAAUUCAUCUCAUCAAAAUUGUGUUGUAUCAAUGUGUAUGGUUGAUUCUACCUCGUUGUGCAGAGAAAAUGAAUGGAGCAGAGUGACAGAUGAAAGGAUUGGCAUAUACCAAGUAUAUACUUGUAAAAGUUCAAAUUGUCUACAGAAUUGUAUGGUUAUAGAGAUUCAUUGUUUUAUGGUCUGUCUGGUAACAGAUGAAGCCAACAUAGUUUAUUAUUUAUUGAGCUACAUCUUCAUGUUACCUUAAUCCUUACACAUUGAAAUUGUAAUAACAUGAUUACGUGUAGUGUCAAUGUUCCAAGGAUUUGGUUUUUUCUAGAUACUUACCAAGUUGGCGUGUCCCACUUAGAGCAUCUCCAAUGGUUAGCUAAAACCCGCAUAACUAUAGCUUGACUAGCCACAUAAGCAUUUGGAACAAAUUAAAAUAUAACUUCUCCAACGGUUAGCUUAGGGGUGGAUUCGGGCCGGGCCGGGUCCGGGUCAGGCAUAGGCCCGGGUGGGCCGGAUGGUCUGAAUAGGUGGACCCGGGACCGGCCCGGGCCGGGUCUCGGGCUUGUUUAUUUAUUUAUUUUGCUUACAUACCUAUCCCUGACCCUCCCUCAUGCCCCCACCCCCCAAACCCCUCCUAAACAUCAAGCCCUACUCGGGUGGAGCCCAAACAAAUGAAAAUACAAAAAAAAUCAAUUUGGCCCGAACCGGGAACCCCUUGGGUCGGGCCUAUCCGGACCGGUCACUGACCGGGCCACCGAUUCGG